AUGUCUGGACGGCAUACGGCCUUGAAUAUAGUGGAUGAAAUCAAAUUGAUUCUUGAUGCUUAUCACUUGGAUUUAACUCAAGUGUACUCAAUAUCUAGCGACAAUGGUAGCAACAUGUUGAACGCAGCGGAAAUUUUAACUCAGGAGCAGCAAGCCGAACUGAUUGAUCAGUUUAUAGAACAUAACGGGGGAGGCUUUUACGAUGUGGCUAGCGGGUUGACUCAAAUGGAAAAAUAUGACGAGGAGCUCGGUAAAAUUGACACCAUCCGUGAAGAACAAAUGGUUGAGCAUCUUGCUCCGGGCUCAACUAUUGAAGUUAUGAGAUGCGGUGCGCAUACUGUGAAUUUAGUCAUCAAAGAUUCAAUCAAACAAAUGAAUUGUGAAACAAAUCUAAGAGAAAUUCGUAAGGUAGUGAAACGUUCGAAAGCUAUAGUUUUUCGGCCAAUAUUCCAAAUUCACAAUGCUCCGGUGCCGGUACUGGAUUGUGAUACUCGUUGGGGAACCACACCUAUUAUGGUUGACUCGUUCCUGCAAUUGGUACUUCUUGAAAAACAAAUACAAACUGUUGAUCCAAAAUACAACAUCGAGAAAUCUUUGAUUAGAUUUGCCGAGGAAUUCUGUAAAGCAUUCAAACCGAUGGUCACGCUUCUGAAAAACUUACAAAAAGGACAACUAACAGUAGGUGAUUUGUAUCGAUAUUAUUGGAUAGAAGCUCGCAUCGCGCUGCAAAAACUAAGGCACACGAAUAGUUUUGCGUCAGCUCUUAUAGAAAAUUUAUCCAAACGGAAGGACAAAUUGUUCGAAAACAAAACAUUCCUUGCCGGGCUUUUUAUGGAUCCACGGUUUAACUUCAAGGACACGCCUUAUCUAACUAGUGAGCAGAAAAACAUAGCAAUCGACCAUUUACUCAAUACGUAUAAAGUCAUUACUAUGAGAAAGAUUGAAAUGGAAAGAAAAAAUGAUAGUCAACCAACGAGUGCGCCUAUACAUUCAACUCUUUCCGAAUCGGAUUUACUGGUUGAGGAAGACUGUAGAGCAACAUCGAGUCAACCAGUACGGUCAGGUAUCAAUGAAGACGAUCUGAUAAUCAAAUUGCAUGAUGGUAAAAUCAACUUGGCCUUCCCUGAAGGUGGAGGUAGGACCUACGCGGUCAAGGUGAGGAUUCAAAGCCAUUUUGGUAAGCUGCUUAAGAUGGAGAAGCUAGAGGACGGCUCAACGGUUCGAGCCACCUCCCACCCUGUUUAUAAUCAAGUCAAGUUCAUCAUGUACUGCCGGGAUGUUAUCGGCUACAGUACAGAGGAAUUACGUCAGGAGCUGGAAGAACAAGGCGUUGAAGCGGUACACCAUACUUCAAAGAAGGUUGUCGAAGAGAACCCAACGCUUCCCACAUUUUCGUUCUUCAAUGAACAAUCGUUUAAGUAUAAUUAUGGGUAA